CACCCCUUACAGCCACCCAUUUCGUAUUGGUUCCUUCUUUUAAAGUCACAUUCUGCCUACCCAUCCAGCAUUGCCAGACACUAGGACUGUGUGAUUCGGUCGGAUCCAUCAGGCAGUAGCAGCAGUUCCUUCUGCCGAGAGAUCCUUCUCCUGGUCCGUCGUCCUGUGUGUAACAACACACGCUGGACAUGCGCACCUUGCAGCUGUCAAAAGUUCUGACACAUCUUGGCCAUGGCACGGUGCAGUGUGUGUGUGUGCCAGUAAGUGUACCAUUGCAAACCCGAUUCCUCGUCGCGGACUCGCGAGACCGAGAGUGUGGUUGUAUCCCCGAACUUUUCCUUCUCGGGAAAUUCCCAAUUCCCCUGGCGUAGAUCAAUCUAGUCGGAACGCUCCGUCCGUCCAUAAAUCGGAAUUCAUCGCAGCGGUAGUGCGUGCAUCCUUUCGCGUUCAUCAAUCACCGGAACGAACUGGUAGAGUUGACUGGUGGAUUGAGACUUCAAGGAAUUGAUGGGAUUCAGUGAGAUUGUCAGGAAUCUCGAGUGGUCGAAGAGAUGAAUCGUGCGGAAGGCACCGUGCAGUCUGCAAACAGUUUCCCCUAAUACGUCGUCCAAGUGCAUCCAAGGGGAAGUCAGUGACACAGUGCCCUGUGGAAGUCCUGCAAAGUUUCGUUCUGUGAUUAUCCUUAAUUUGGGAUUUUUUCGGUGAAUUCAACUCACAAUGACCGGAAGUGACCAUCGUCGGACAGCAUCCGGCUUCUGCUAGUGACGAAAAUUGAGAAGCGCUUUUCCCAAUUCUCCGGAAGAAGAUAAUUUUCCCGCAUGCUUUUAUGCAAUUAGUGAUGCAAGUGUUCGGUUUUCGCGUUACUUUUGUCCUGUAAAAUCGCAUAGGAUGUGAUUCGCGAAGAGUCGUCCAAAGUAUUUCCAUGGAACGAACGCACCACAAAACAUCAAAGGUGGCAAAGUUGGCGGAUCAUAAAAAAUCAUAAAUUAAUAAGAGAAUCUAAAAUGGACGUUCAUCAACAACACACGCAGCGAAGAAGAAACGGGGCUCGGGAAAACAUCCUAGCAGUCGUCGACGCCGUCGGGAGGAAAAACGCAACGCAGUAGGCAAUGCGGGUAUAAGAGAAGGGCAGAGGAAAAACGGCAGCAUACAGCGACUGAGAAGGGAACAGGCUCCUGCGAUUGGUGUGAUAGUGUGCGUGCCGAACGCACACGAGCACGUGUGUCGUCCUUUUAGUAGGCCGUGCGUCGUGUUUAUCAACAUUUCAUGAAGUGCGAGACACAGAUUUGGAUACCUUUUUCACGGCACCUUUCUUCCCCGGAGGUGAUUUAGUUAUACGAAGAAGGUGCCAACAAAACGAGCAACAGAGGAAGACGACGACGACGACGACGACGUGUGCGUGCUUAAUGCGACCGAAGAAUUGAUUGGGUCCUCGUGUGAGGCAGUGAUUUUGAUUUUUAUUCCCCCGUAAAAUUUGUUGCUGCUUACACUACCAAUUCCAGCAGAAAGGCAGUUGAUCCUGACCGACCCGCCGCCUACUAUUGCCAUACAUACCGAAUUUGGCAAUCACGCGUUCUAUCGGUUUCGAAUUUCCUUUCCCACCCUAUCCUGUGUGUCCCUAUCUCCCCCCCUCCCUUUGCGGAAAAUUAACGGAAAUUCGUCAGAUUGGCUGGAAAUAACCAUCGGCAGCAGGGGGCCCCCGUCAAAGUGUCAGUAGUUGGAAGCGGUGGCCCUGGCAAUAAGAUCUGGCGACGCGAGCGGAUAGUGAUGACGGAACCCGACUCGGACGAUGUGGCGUUUCUCACAGGCGGCGAUAGCACCAGUGGUCGACCGGGACGGGAAGGCGUUGCCGUUUGUUCACAGAAGCGAGCACUAUGCGUGACGGCAAUUGUUCUGGGAACCCUGCUGGCCACCGCCCUGGUGAUAGCCUACGCCGGGCCCCAGAGUGUGUGCCCUUGCGCCGGCAAGAUUCCACCCGGGUUUGUCGUCGAGGGCUACAACAGCUCGGAACCGUUCCAGCCGAUCGCGACCAAUGGGCAGCCGUUUCCGUGGCUGCUGCCAACACUGCCGAACAACGUGCGCCCCAAUCGGUACAUGCUGACGAUCCACCCGAACCUGACGACGCUGGAUGUGAAGGGUCAAGUGACGGUGGAGUUCUACGUCGAGAAGGAGACCAAUUUUAUCGUGCUUCAUGCGCAAGAUCUGAACAUCACGGAAAAGGCUUUGGUGGGACCAAAAGGAUACGCGCUGAAGAUCUUACGAAUACUGGAGUAUCCACCGAGGCAGCAGUUGUACAUAGAACUGAGGGAUAAGCUGCGGAAGAAGACCAAUUUUACCCUGAGUAUUCGGUGGUAUUCGAAGAUGAUCACCGAACCGGAUGGGUUCUUCGUAGAUGUGUUUGAACCGGAGCCGGAUGUUAAAAGGAUACUGGCAGCGACGGUACUGAAGCCGGGAAGUGCCCGAAAGGCGUUCCCCUGCUUCGACGAACCGCAUCUGAGGGCGUCGUUCAGGAUAUCCUUGUUUCGCGAUCGGUUCCACAUAGGAUUGUCCAACUCGAUCGUGCAGGACACAGAUGACGUUGGAUUCUACAUGGGAACGGGACUGCUACGAGACGACUUUGCCGAGACUCCGCCUCUUUCGCCGAACAUGAUCUCGUGGGUGAUCAGCAGUUUCAAACGUCAACUGCUGGAUCCGUCACCGAUCUACCAAACGGUCAACAUCACCAAGGAUACUCACAAACCGCUACUGGAACCUACCAGGCCGCCACCAAAACUGACCAAAGCGGAAAAGAAACCAUUCCGCAACCUAACUGCCGUUCUACUGUCGAAAAACCUCUUCAAACUGACGAACAAUCAACCACCUAGCACCGUGAAGCCAUCUACGGCGAACGAAUCCAGUAGCGACGGCGCCGUUACCGCUCAAGCAGUUCAGGGCAAUCAUACCAAUGGUAACGGCACCGAAUCCAAUCAUACCAUAGCAAGUGACGCGUUGGAGAUCAAGACGGCACCGGCAUACUCGUUCUACGCUCCGCAACCUUACGUAGACAAGGGUAGUUUCGUAUUGUACACAUCCAGGGAUAUCCUGGAGUACCUGCAGCAAUGGCUGGGCGUAGCAUAUCCACUGUCAAAGCUGGACUUCAUAGUACUACCAACUUUGCACGAUGACUUUACAAGCUCCCUGGGGUUGAUCGUAUUCCGGAUGUCAUUCCUAAACUCACCGGAAGAAGUUUCUACCAAAGACUACCACAUGUCCGUUGUGAAGAUAUCGGAAGGAAUCAUAAAGCAAUAUUUCGGAGGACUCAUAUCUCCGAAAACCUGGAAACACGUCUGGCUAUGGGAAGGCAUUAUCAAGUAUCUAAGCCGGUUCAUACUGACACCGAUCAGGCCACUAUGGCCAAUGAACGAGUUGUUCCUGAUCGAGACCACAACGCGAGCUCUGGACAUCGAUGCCCUACAAGGCUGGGAGAGUAUAAGCCACGGAACUUCGGACACCGGAGAUAACGAGGACUUCUACAUCGACAAAUCGGCGACUAUGUUGUCCAUGCUACAGUCGGCCAUCGGGGAGGCAAACUUCCGCCAUUGUUUGGGCAAGUUCAUCAAGGCGUUCAAGUUCAUGACGGCGGAACCGACGGACCUGUGGUCGAUCUGUGCCCGGCAGGUCAACAGCAGUAAAAACGUCAAGGAGAUGAUGAACUACUGGACCAACCUGCCGGGAUUCCCGCUGGUGAACGUUAGCCGCGAGGGCGACGAACUGCACAUCAGCCAGGUCCCGUUCGCACCGGCCGAAUUCGUGGCCAUCCACGAUGACCCGAACGCCGAGGAAAACGAUUCGCUGUCCACUACGACGACGACUACGACUACGGUAGCUCCGCCCACUGCCAAGGACAGCAAGAGACGCACACGGUGGACUUUCCCGGUGAGCUACGUGACCAGCAACAGCGACCAACUGCCGAAAACGAUUUGGUUCAACUCGACUGAAACCAAGAUCACCCUGGAUCACUCACCGAAAUGGAUAAAGCUGAAUCACGAUCAGACGGGGUACUACCGGGUUCUCUACGAUGAGGACAAUUGGUCAAAGCUGGUCGAACAGCUCCAGAUCAACCAUCACAUUUUCAACACGCAGGACCGCGUCGGCAUAGUCUCGGACAUCUUCACCCUCUGCCACGCCAACCUGUUGCGUUGUGACUACGCGAUGGAUUUGAUAUCGUACUUCCCGAAGGAGCAGGACUGGGGCCCAGUCCUCGUCGGACUCAAACACCUGGAGAAAUGGCGCAAGAUUCUCAAGUACUCCGAGUGCUACCUGGUCCUGGCCGAGUACAUCCGACAAAACCUCGCCAAAUCGAUCCAGGACCUAACCUGGAACGACACCGGCAAGGAAGAGCUGAAGCUUCUGCGACCGACGGUCCUACUGAGCGCAGUCCUCUGGGAGGAACCGGACGCCAUCCGGAACGCCAAGGAGCUCAUGAACGAUCAGGCGAACAUCCCACCGAACCUGCGGCCGGUGGCCUACGUAGGGUCGGUCCUUUCCGGGGAGAUCCGCUACUGGCAGGACUGCUGGGCCCUGUACAACGCCCUCCGACGCGAGAAGGACGUCGGAUCGGAGGAACGGAUGGAACUGCUGCGGGCGCUGGGCGUCACUCGGGAUGCCUGGCUGCAGAAUCGGCUGCUGUCGCACGUGAUAACGCUGCCGGUGACGGAGAUCGUCCAGGUGCUGCAGGCCAUCGCGGGGACUCCCACGGGCGGUGCGAUGGCCUGUCGGUUCCUGCAGGCCAAGUGGCUCGACUUCCAGUCCAAGCUGGGCAAGGGCAGCGUCGACUUUGCCCGGGUGAUAUCGGCCAUCACGCAGUACGGGUCGACCAAGUUCGACUACGAUGAGCUGAAAUCCCUGGUGGAGCGCUUCGGCGAUGGGCCGGGCAUGAAGAUCCUCAACAUGACCCUCAGCAUGGUGGCGGCCAACGUCGAGUGGGUGAGCCGCUCGCAGUCGUCGAUCUACAGCUGGAUCGAGUCGAAGUACCAGCUGAAAAAGUGAAACCAGCGCGAUGAACCGGUAUAAGCCAGUAAAAGGACUAACGGAGGGAAGCAAAACAAAGACGUGUAAAUCUGUUUUUGAGUUUUUCAUUUUUGAUUUCGAAUCUGUAGAAACAUAUGAAGCAAAACAAACACAGAGACACAAAAGUGUGAAUGCGAGACAGA